CUUCCUCACUUCCCUAAAUGGGCAACUUCACAUUUAGAACCCCAGGUCUUCCCUGGCAGACCCAAAUGGCCCGGCCAGGAUAGGCCUGGGCCCCUAACCUUGGAUCCCUGCCCCCCACUGGUCGUGCCCAUCCCCACUGCAUGGAGCCAUGCCAUCCGCCUUCCUGCUGCUGCUGCUGCUGCUGCUGCGGGUCCAGGGCCCUGUCUCAGGUGCCCCCAUGGAGAGCGUGUACUCAAAAUUGCAGCACUUUGAAGGGGAGACUCUGUCUGUGCAGUGCUCCUACAAGAGCCGCAAAAACCACGUGGAGGGUAAGGUUUGGUGCAAAAUCAGGAGGAGGCAGUGCGAGCCUGGGUUCACCCGUGUGGGGGUGCAGGGGCCACGCUACUUGCUGCAGGACGAUACCCAGGCCAAGGUGGUCAACGUCACCAUGGUGGCCCUCAGGCGCCAGGACUCGGGCCGGUACUGGUGCAUGCGUAACAGCUCCGGCAUCCUCUACCCUCUGAUGGGCUUCCUGCUGGAAGUGUCUCCAGCCUCCAUAACCAAGGGAAACUCUCCUCUCACGAAGCUGCCCAACAUCCUCCAGAAAGCAACGGUCGUCGCCACAGGCCCAGCGCCCACCUCAGGCCCCGCUGGCCCUUUCAUCGGCCAGGCGACAGUGUUCACAGCUGGACUCCUCACCUUGGCCAGACCAUUGCCUUCCCCGACCUCAGGGAACACCAGACGGACCUCUGUGAUGGGCUCCAGUUUCUCCAGCACCGGCCUGUCCACCAUGGGGCCCGGGAAGGCCACUGGGUCCCAGACAGCGACUGCGUCUCCCAGCAACACCCGAGCCUCCGCUGUGGGCCCAGCCUCCGCCUCCACGAAGGCCGCGCACCUCUGCACCGCGGGAGCCCCCACCAUGGGAAUGUACCCCACCAGAAGAACGCUCCUCAACCACUUAAUCCCCAGCAGAUACCUGGACUUUUACCCUGUGGUGCUCGCGGGGGUGCUGGCGCUGUUCCCCGUGCUUGUGAUCAUGGUCUAUGGCUUCUGGAAGAAGAGACACGUGGGAAGCUACAGCAUGUGCCGUGACCCUGCCAGAUCCUGCAAGGACUUGCCAGCAAGACCAGAACCUCCGUGGAGGCCCGCUUGGUCUGAAGCCACUUCACUGUGGGGUGGGGAGGAGUUUCUUCCAGAGGGGCCCCGGGAGACCCCCAGGAGACUCCUCAGAGGAGAAGCGAAGACGGGGCCCUGUCUGGGUUGGAGCCGGGCUGGGGGUGAGGACUGUGCCACCUGGACUCAGGCCUUCCUGGAACUGGAGGCUGUGCCGCGCCUACUCAGCUCCCCUGGGCUGCUGGGAUCCUGGCGGGGGUGGGAGUCUGAGCACGUGGUGCCAGGCAGGAGGUCUCUGCGGGUUUGGGGCACCACCGAGACGGUUCUCCUGAGAGCCACAGACCCCCAGGGCCCCAGCUGGGUGGCAGACAAGCCCCGAGGGUGCUGUUUGCAGACAGAGAACCUCUGAUCUCACCAGCCUCGGAACCUCUUACUACAGAGUGGAGUGGGGAGGGGUGGACAGCUGGGGCCACCCUCUCCCGACCCGGGGCCCUGUCAGUGUCCCUCUGCUCCCCGCAAGCAUCCCUAUGCUCUUGGGGGAAGAAAGAGUCCUAGAAGCAGCUCAUGUCACAAGGGUCCCACCCUGGAGGAGAAACAGUGACUAAGAGGUGGGGGUCAGUAGAGGCCUUGGGGACCCCAGAGCUAUCUAAGCUUCCCACCCCCUGGGCCGUGCAUCCUCUACAGGGCCUCCACAUGGGCCCUGAGCUGACCACAGCUGCUUGUCCCUCAGGUCCCGGUCACCAGCGGAGCCCACACCCCCACUG